GGAGCACUGCAAAUGAUGAAAACUGUCAUCUAUUUCUUCAUUUCCAGUUUGAAAAUCAUGAAAAAUGGGAACACCACCUCUGAUUUCAUUCUCCUAGGACUCUUUAACCAUACAGAAGCCCAUCUAUUUCUCUUUGCAAUGGUUCUCACAAUUGCCUUCGCCUCCCUAGUGGGAAAUGCCCUCAUGAUUCUCCUGAUUCACCAAGAUGCCCGGCUCCACACACCCAUGUACUUCCUACUGAGCCAACUCUCCCUCAUGGACAUGAUGCUGGUCUCUACCAUUGUGCCCAAAAUGGCUACUAACUACUUGACUGGAAAGAUGUCCAUCUCCCCUGCUGAGUGCGGGUUGCAGAUAUUCUUCCUUCUAACUUUAGGAGGGGGUGAGUGUUUCCUCUUAGCAGCCAUGUCCUAUGACCGGUAUGUGGCUGUUUGUCACCCACUGCGAUACCCAGACCUCAUGAGCUGGCAAUUAUGCCUGAAAAUGACUGUGGGGUCUUGGGUCCUGGGGGCAGCUGAUGGGCUCAUGCAGGCUGCUGCUACCCUGAGUUUUCCAUUUUGCGAUGCACAUGAGAUCAAUCACUUCUUCUGUGAGGCCCCUACUCUGGUGGGUUUAGCUUGUGCCGACACGUUUGUCUUUGAGUAUGUGAUGUACAUAUGCUGUGUGUUAAUGCUCCUGGUCCCAUUUUCUCUCAUUCUGAUUUCCUAUAGUCUCAUCCUUGCUGCAGUUCUCCAGAUGCAUUCUAGAGAAGCCCGCAAAAAGCCUUUUGCCACCUGCUCCUCACAUCUUUCUGUGGUGGGACUCUUUUAUGGAGCUGCAAUUUUUACCUAUAUGCAACCCAAAUCCUACAGGUCAGCUCACCAUGAUAAAGUAGUGUCAGUGUUCUAUACUAUCUUCACCCCUGUACUCAAUCCCCUCAUCUACAGUCUGAGAAACAGUGAAGUCAAGGGUGCCUUGAGAAAGUGUAUGGGUCAGUGUUCUGCCUUAAGUCAGGGUUAAGAUUACAUAGAUUUGCUCUAAAUUUAAAGUCUGUAUAAGGUGACUGUGUAGGAUUUUCUAGAGAAAAGGUGUAUAUGUAUUAUAUCUACAUCCAUUACUAGUUUACUUUGAAAUUCUAACAUCCCUCCAUAGUUUGGAUCUUUUACUAUGCUCUC